GAAGGCUGGGAGUGAGUGGCUUAUGUGUGUGUGGAUGUGGAUGAGGGACCCGGUGUGUGUGUGUGUGGGUGAGUAAGUAAGGGAAAGAAAAAGAGAGGGGACUCUAUAAGGGAAAGAAAAUACCUUCUACUGUGCAGCUUCUGCUCACUCAGGAUAUUAACACAUUGGAAAACAGAAUGUUAAUGCUUGAUGGGAUGCCUGCAGUCAGAGUCAAAACAGAGCUGCUGGAAUCUGAACAAGGGUCUCCAAACGCUCACAGUUACCCAGAUAUGGAAGCUGUACCCCUCUUGCUGAACAGCAUGAAGGCAGAUCCAGAAGAAGACUCCUUGCCCACAGACCAUUUCCAAACACAAACUGAGCCAGUGGACUUGUCAAUAAACAAAGCCCGAUCAUCCCCUGUUGCUGCUUCAUCCUCCCCAGUAUCCAUCACGGCAUCCGCGUCUUCUCCUUCUUCUACUUCAACAUCUUCUAGUCGACCAGCUUCAUCACCAACGGUAAUAACGUCCGUAUCUUCAGCAGCAUCUGCACCAUCAGUAUUAACUCCAGGCCCACUUGUAGCAUCUGCGUCAGGUGUCGGAGGGCAGCAGUUUUUGCACGUAAUCCAUCCAGUACCUCCUUCCAGCCCCAUGAACCUACAGACCAACAAAAUGAGUCAUGUACACCGCAUUCCAGUGGUGGUACAGUCGGUACCUGUGGUCUACACAGCUGUGAGAUCACCAGGGAAUGUGAACAGCACUAUAGUAAUACCGCUGCUGGAGGAUGGGAGAAGUCAUGUGAAAGCACAAAUGGAUCCACGUGGCCUGUCUCCCAGACAAAUUAAAAGUGACAGUGAUGACGAUGACCUGCCAAAUGUGACCUUGGAUAGUGUUAAUGAAACUGGAUCUACAGCCCUCUCUAUAGCCAGAGCUGUUCAAGAAGAGAGCAUGUGGGGCUGUGCCAGGUCAGCAGUUAACACUUUUCGUUUUUUCAACUCCAGUUCCAUUUCUCCAUUUAGUAUUGAGAGCACAAGACGCCAGAGAAGGUCUGAAUCACCUGACUCUAGAAAGCGCCGGAUCCAUAGAUGUGACUUCGAAGGAUGUAACAAGGUAUACACAAAAAGCUCCCACCUGAAGGCUCACCGUAGGACGCACACAGGAGAGAAGCCGUACAAGUGUACCUGGGAAGGCUGCACCUGGAAAUUUGCUCGUUCAGAUGAACUGACGAGGCACUACCGCAAGCACACGGGAGUGAAGCCCUUCAAGUGCGCAGACUGUGACCGAAGUUUUUCCCGUUCAGAUCACUUGGCAUUGCACCGCCGGAGGCACAUGCUUGUCUGAAAAAAAAAUGCUACCUUGUCAAAACAAAAAUAAUAAUAAUAAUUAAUAAUAAUAAUAAUAAUGGAAGUACCAAGAGCUGGGUCUCUUUUAGCUACAGUGAAUUCAGCAGGGCUGAAUCCCACUUUUGAUGGCGUUAGCACAAAAGGGGGCAUUCCGUAUUGUCCCAUACACACAAAGAAGCAGGAAACGUCGUGCCACAAUUCUCCCUCCCAUCUGAAGUCGGCUUUCCAGCAUGGACAGUGCAAUCCCAUUCAACUGGGAGAUAAUAGCUUAUGGCCAGAAGAUUGGGCAUUAUUUUCUAAACCCCUGUCCUUUUGGAAGUAUUUAUGGCUUGUACCUUUUCUCAACUGUCACUUUUGGUUUCUUCUGAAGAAUUACUUCAAUUAGAAGGACCGGAUGUCACAAACAUAUGAAAAGAACCGUGCCCUCUGACCUCCUUCCUCCUCGUCUUCUGCUGCUGCUGUUGCUGCUGAUGCUGCUUUAUUUUUAUUUUCAAUUUUUAAGCUACCAAGACACUGCAAAAUAUCGCCAUGCCUGGUUGUUGAGUAAUCGACAAUCCACAAAACCAGCUGUACGGACUGGAAAGAAGAGAGAUGGGAAUGAAGCUCUUUGAAGUGGAAGGAUUUCUCAGCACACUUAUGCAAUAAAGAUGGUGGUAUUUUGA